AAGAGCGUGAGUGUAUCGUUCACGAACAUAUUCACGCACAAAAUGCGUGAGAGUCGGCAGGUGUGAGCAUUUUAGAGUAAAUUUCGCAGUUUCCAGCGCGCGUGCGCAGUCUCGGAGACUCGCAGUAUCGACGUGAAUCGUAUUGUCGCGAGCGAAAUCAGCAGCGCUAAUCCGCGAAUAAAGACACCUCUCUAGGCGUGACUCUAAAAAUCGCUCGAGUAUCAUCGCUCUAUGAACGCAGCCACGAUUCGCCUUCUCGGCUUUUCAUUCAAAACAAUUCGCUCGCGCUUAUUAAAGCGAUCGCGCGUCGCGUUUGCGCGCCGACCAGGGUUCUCGAGAUUCCAUUCAGCGUAAAUGUUUAAGGUGAAGGGGCGAGCAAAAAGCGGCGACCCUCCCCCUCGGGGCAAAUACCGGACCGCGGACGAAGCGGAAAGUGGUCGCAAAGGCGAUCUCCACGAGACGAUGUCGAAGAACAGAGCUCUCUUUCUUUCUCUCUCUCUCUCUCUGAUGUCAAUUGUCCCAAUUGCGCGCCCCGCGUCUCACCCCCGCCCCCUGCGAAGGGAGGAGGCACAUUCUCGUUAACGUCAUCGAACUCUUUUUCCACCCGCUGAAUUCUACCCUCCCCCAUGCUCGGUCGCGUUAUUUUAUCCGCCGGUCAUCGAUCGUCGCGCCUCUGUUACGAAUGCAUGACCGAUCGCGAUUGAAAUAGCAUUCGGCAAGCGUGAGACCGUUUGUGCGACAAUUAUGCGCAGAUUCUGAAGCGCGAUGGCCGAUAUCGAGCCUCGCGUUUUUCCGCAACGACCCUGAGACCGAUUUUAACUCGGGAGUUCUCGACGCCACGAGCGAGACGGAGUCGACGAUGGUUCAUCGCGAUCGUCGGGUGGUGCUUGAUGAUGCUGCUUCGUUAAUAAGCAUCAUCGAGCCGGUAACGAAUUACAUUAAACUACUAUCGGAUCGCUAAAGAACCGCUAUCGGAGCAUCUUGGAAUCGCUGCCGGCCCGCACCGUGAACCUCCCGUUAUCCUCUCAGGACUCCCGAGUUGGAACCGGUCUUGCUGCAUACUCGCCGUCGAUGGCGCGACGGAGAAUACUUUCGCGGAGAAAUAUCGGCUAGUGCAUAAGUCUCGAUGAUAACCGACCCUUGCGGCAGUUCUCGCAGACAUGUAGAUGCAUAAUAUACCGACGGGAAUGGUGGACUGAUGCUUUUCAACGAUUGCUCGACGGAACGGAAGAGUCGUUUUUCACAGAAUCGCUCGGUCCAUUCUUCAGCUCGCCGAGAUUGCUUCGCACUCGAUCAGUAUAUUUGGGGCACCGCUUGAAGAAUUCACGCACGUACGUUGCGCCGUUGUGCCGCGAGGAUUCUCCGCGUAAAUAUAAGCGCACCGCGCGUCACAUCGCUCGCGACGACGCGACGAAGUAACUCGUGCGCAGUGCGGUCGGACCUGCAACGAAUCGAAAUCGCAACGGUGAUCCGCGCGGAUUCAUGACGAUGUAUCGUCCGUGGCGGCGCGGCGUCGAGUAUCCCGCUUGAUCCGAGACAAUCCCGCGGCGUAUCCCCCGGCCGAUCGUCCGGGAAAAUGACAAAGGUCGCUCGGUGCUCGCCCGAGGACGAAGCGGCCGCGAGCUGAGAGAAGGAGACAAGAUACGCGGGUGUGUGUGUGUGUGCGUGUGCUGUGCGUGCGCGCGAUGCCGCAGCAAAAGUUCCACUGCGGCGAUUGCAGAAAUCGCCUGCCCGAUCUCACCAGCGACAUGUGUCGGCUGUUGUCCUACCGCAGUCUGAACGGUCUCGUGAGGAACCGGACGGACGACGGGGGAAGCCAGAAGUGGCGGCCGGAGCAGCGAGAGGCCAACUCGCCGGCGCGCGAGGUCAAGGAGCUGGAGAGGAGUUACACCCUCUCAACCCCCGGGGGCAGCAGCCCCGUUUGUUGUCCGCCUUGCAGCCCGCCGCCCGCGCCGGCCGCAUACAUAUCGAGCGCACGCGCCUCUUCGCGUAGACUCGGCGCCGGAAGUGGUCCCGGCGGGCCCACAUCACCGGAAAGGGAUCCCCUGGGAAGACUGUUAAGAUUCCUCAAGACCUUCUACAGAGAACUGGGCACCCGCGACCCACCCCAUCUACCGCCAUGGGCGUCCCCGCUUCCGCUCGGCAGCCUCUGCCCGGCGCACUUUCAACCGCACCUGCAGCUGGUGCACAAGAGCGAGCAGGAGCACCGCCUCGAGAACAUCAAGCCCGACCAGAUCUUCGCCCCCGUCAGGCUAAGCGACGGCACCGUGUCGGAGGCGCCCCGACGCGUCGCCGUCGAGGGCGGCCCAGGAAGCGGCCGUACCACCCUCUGCCUGCGACUCCUUCACCAGUGGGCGACCCAAAGCGACGGGCCCGCUCUGGCCUUCAUCGUUCCUCUGCGCGAGCUCCGCGGCAGCCCCGUGCUCAACUACCUGGCGCGGGAGCUCUUCCCGAGGACGGCCGCGUUGGGCGACGCGGUCUCGCAGGUGUGGCGCACCCUGCACCUCAUGGAGGACCGUGUGCUCUUCGUAUUGGACGGCUACGACGAGUGCGUGGGCGGCAGGGCGUCGCUCGGCGACGCCGCCGACCUGCUGGAGGGCCGACUGUUCCCUGAAGCCAGGAUCCUGGUCACGUGCUCGCCCAACAACUCCGUCGCGCUCUCGCCGUUGGUGCAACGCAGGAUCCAUCUGGCCGGCCUCGAAUGGCAACACGUGGAGCGCCUCUGCGUGGCCUUCUUCAUCCACAAUGACAUCGCCGAGAAGGCCUGCGAGUUCCUCGAAGAGCUGAACAUGCAGCCGCAGUCCGUCAGGCAACUCGGCCAGCAUCCGCUCGGCUGGAUCAUGCUCUGCUGCUUAUAUCAGGACUCCGGUAGCCUGCCGACCGAGACAAGCGCCCUCGUGCAAGCCGCGGUGAAGUGCAUCGUCAAGAGGAGCCUAGACCCACCGGUGCCGUAUAACGAAGAGAUCCCGGGCCACUGCAGAAAACGUCUGGAGGACUUCGGCAAGGUGUCCCUGGCUGCGCUGAGAGAGGGCAGAUGCUGCUACACCGAGGCCGAGCUAAGGGCGCGCGGCGGCGGCAUCGAAGUCACCCGCCUCGGCUUCCUCACGCGAGGUUUGACCUUCGGCCAGCGGCGCAAGCCGGACCUCUACACGCCCAUUCACAUGGCGGUGGCGGAGUUCUUAGCGGCGUACUACCUCACCUCGGUCGCGCAGUACGCCAACAUCCUGCGCCGCGAGCUGGAGGGCCUGCCGUCCGGCAUAAUCGGCCACUUGGCCGGCCUGUUGGGCCCCAAGACCCACCUCAUACUGAACCAACUGUGUCCGCUGGAGGUUCCACCCAGAGCUGUGUUCUCGUUGCUUAAGGCGGCCGGCGCAUCCGACGGCAACAUCUCCGCGGUCUGCCGGCUGGUAGGCGCCGGGCCCGGCUUUGGACCCGCGCCGAGCGAGAGGCCGCCAGCACCAUUGGUGCACACGUCACCGCUCGAGCUGGAGGGCUGGGCGAGGAUCUUGGAGAGCGCAGCUUGCACGUUGGAGGCGCUCGAGGUGGUGUUCCAAGUGGAGAGGGGGUCCGACCCGCGUUACCUCGACGACUUCUUCGACGCGCUCGCCGCUAACGAGAGCGUCAAACUCGUCAGGAUCACGUCCCUCUUGGGACAAGAGUUCCCGGCGGACGAGGCGCAGCGAUUGGCCGGACACCUGAAGAGCGUGCUCGGCAAGAAGAAGCUCAACGACUUUGAGCUUGUCAUCACUUGCCUGGAGGAGGCAGCUCAUGACAGACUGGAAUGCGUGGUGAACGCCCUUUGUCGCGGCCUCGCUCACGCCUCUGGCAGCCUGUCGCGCCUGGUGCUCGACAUGAAUCUGUCCGGCGAGCAAGUGUCCCGAGUCUGCGAGGCACUUCGCGGCUGCAUUCAAGUGCAGGCGCUGCACUUGCCCCAUUUAGGCUGCGGGUGCGAGGGCCUCGCCUCAGUGGCCGAGUUGCUGAAGGAGCGGCCGCUGUUGGCACUCAACCUGGCUGGCAGCUGGGGCGCCAAGAACGAAGAUCCGUCCAGCUCUGGCAUCAGUAUGGGUUCAGGCUCCGGCUCGGGCAGCAGCGGCUGCGCCUCCAGCACCCUCGGCACCUUGCCACUGAACCGCUGCUACUCGUCCUUGCCGAGGGGUGCCUUGACCGCCUACGGCAGUCUCACGCGCCCUGCCACCCUGCCGCGCCUUCCUCUGGGACUGGGCUUAGGCCCAGCGCCCAACACGGGCAACGGGCCGUUGCCGCAGAACGAACGAGACCGCGACAGCAACAGCAGCAGCAAAAGGAACAGCGACAGCGUGCUGUGCCAUCGGCUGCCCCUGCUGCAUCCCUUGCCAACCUGCGACGUCGCCAGCCACCAAGGCACCGGCUUCCACGAGAUAUUCAACGCCAUCAGAGAGCCAAACUGCAAGCUGAGGUCUCUGAACGUGUCCAAGUGUCUUCUAGGCGGCUUGGACGCCGGCUGCUUAGGUGAGACCAUCAGGAGAGCCCGCAAUUUGGACGCGCUGAGGGCCGCUGGAGCGUCCAGGCCGGCCGACGUGAUGCCUCUUGUGCUGGCUUUGACGGAAGCGCCGUGUCUCCAGCUGCUGGACCUGUCUAGUCCUCGACUGGCCCUGGACGAUCACCUCUCAAGGCUGCUGUGCCACGCUCUCGCCAGGAACACGACCCUCAAGCUGCUCAGUCUAGAGGGAUGGACCUUCCGGAUAGAGGAGUCCGACAGUUUGAUGGUGUUCUCGGAGCUGCUGAAAUACACGAGCGUGCGCGAGCUGAGUCUAUGCAACGCCCGCUUGCAUCUGGCGGUGCACGAGGGUCCUCUGUCGAGAUUAGGACGCCGCGAUGACGCCGGCGCCGAGCUCCUCCGAGCAGCACCGCCGUCGGCCUGCCCGGCCAUCGUCUUCCUAAGACUAGCCGGAUUUCAGGUGACAGUGAACGAUCGGCUGGCACUGCGCGGGCCACUGCUGCUGCCGUUCUUGGCCGGCUUCACGUCGCUGAGCGAGCUCGACCUGUCGCUGGACAAGUCGACCAUCGGCGGCAGCAGCGGCUCCCUACUCUUCAUCGACGACAAGAUCCUGCAGCAGUUCUUCAGCUGUUUGGCGGCGCACUUUCGCAGUCUGCAGUCGCUCAGGAUCAACUUCUGGCGAGUGACCUUGGAGGACAGCGAUAGGACGAUGCGGCAGAUCGCGAAGUACCUGAAGCUCUGCGGCCUGAGUUUCCUGCGGGCGAACGGCUUGAUCGUCACCGAUAGCGCCAAGAGGGUACAGAUGGAGCACGUGUUCGUGCAGACGAUUCUCACGCACCUGCAGUGCCUGACCUGGCUGUGCCUGGACGGAGUCGAGCUCACGGAGACACAGGCAAGUAGCGUCGGGAAAUGCGUGCGUGAUCGUUAUCCUGGCACCAGCCUGGAGAUCAGCGCCAAGGACGUACAUGUGAGAUCGGUGAAGGCUCUGGUGACCGCGGCCGAGGAAGGCGGCCGAACCGAGGUGGUAUACACCGGCGGCUCCAAUUGCCGCCUGAAGAUCACGAAGGUACAGAAGAGUGGCCGCGGCAAGAAGAAAUGAAAGACCCGUAAAUGGUAUCCCGAAGGAAGUAUCCUGGCAUAGUUCUCGCCGAGAGAGGCGAGAAAGAGUCGGUCGAUCAAAGAGGAGCAGGAGAGAGGGAUUGAUCUCUUCGUGCAGAGAAUCCACCUUCACAUACGGUGAAGAGAUUCGGAGAGCAAGAAAGCGGACGUGAGAAGAACGAACGAACGCUGAGGAUCGGAUGAUCCUGAAGGAUGAUCGAGGAGGAGGAUAUAUAAGGGCAGCCCUCGAGCAGAGUCCUGGGAAAUCGAGACGGAGUUCUACACGGAGAGAAUAUUGUAGCUCCGUAAUAUAAAGCUUUCUCACAUAAAUUCUUCUGAAUUAUAUAUAUAUAAGUUUGAUAUAUUUAAUUAAAUUUUGCAUAUAAAUUCUUUCCGAUUUCACCGUGUUUCUUAAUGGUACAGGAGUAAACUGUUGGUUUAUUUUACAGAGGAAUACUGUUCGUUUGAUUUCGUUGAGAAACCUGUGAAGUGAACAGAAUGAAUAUUGGCAAUCACUCAAAUGUAUAAAAUUAAUAGCAUAUAAUUCAGCUACUUUUCUCAAAAAUUAAAAAGAUUACUCGAUGUCGGACACUGAAACUUUGUCUUAACAGCAAAUAUUUUAACAGUAGACUUCAGUUCCUAAAAUACUGAUGGCACAUAUGUAACGGAAGGAUGAUAAAUUACGAUGUGUUUCUCAGUUAUAAAAUAAAAUUCUGCUUGAAAUUCUGCUUAAAAUUUGCUAUGAAAUUCUCUCCGUCUAGAUGGUACGACGCGGCGAUGUAGCGUAAAUCUUGCUAGGAGGUCUGCAAAUCGGAGUCAUAUAUCGGGACGAGCGUCGGCGUCGAUUAUCAGUGGCCGCGCGCGCGCGAUAAGUGCACGUCGAGGACGCGAGAAAGACGAAGAAAAAGGACGAACGAAGAGGAGAAAGAGGAGGAGAAAGGAGCGCGGGAUGUUAACUUUGUGGAUUUUCGUCUUACUGUGAUUUCGUUUCCUGCGCGUCGGCGCGCUCACCUACGAUUUAAGCUCUGUAGAUUAUAGCGAUUGUUAGCUCUCGAGAAAACGAGUCGCGUUCGAGUCAGACAAGGCGGAGGUGCGACGCGCUUUCGCUCAUCCGACGCCCGCGAGGAUUGUAACGUCGACGACGUUGAAAUGAGCGUCUGGUUAAUUAAAGUCUUCCGGCGAGUGAUCGCCUUCGGCAUUCUAACAAGUAGGAUAUUCCGCUUCUUUCUUUAAAGCCGAAUCUUUGAUCUCGGAUCUCAUUAUAGAUCGAAAUGUUUUUGAAAUAUUCUCUUACGAUUUCUUGAUAUUCGUUUCUUAACUACGAUUUUCUUACAAAAUUCAUUCGUAUUAAAUAUUUGUUUCGAUAUACACAUACACACCCACACACACACAAUCACACAAUUAUUUGCCUUAAUUCAUUUUUACGAUUCAGAAUUACAUUUACAAUCAGAUAUUGUCGUUAACGUUAGAAUGCCAAAGAAUCGACUCCGAUCCCGUUGGAUGAACGAAGAUCGUAGCGAGGCAUCCGGUGCCGCGGAGAAGUCUUCUCGAAAUUAUUCAGACGACAGAGAAAAAAGAAGGAAGAAAAGAAAAAAGAAAAAUAGAAGGAAAGGGAAAAAGAAAAUACGAGCAUGAGAGAGAGAGAACGAAAAUACUUAUUAAGUGAUCGAGACAAGGAUAUUUAACGGAGGGAGGGAAAAAAAAGAGGCUGUUGCGAUUACAUAAGUAACGUUCGUUGUUGUUAGAUGGAGUGUAAAAUACGAUUCAGAGUAAUAUAUUAUUAGCGAUAGAUCAUGAUCACACUAUUAUUAAAUGUUACGACCGACCGGAUCGACCGCGAUCGGCGAAAUACGGACCGAAAAGGUGGCUUUACCGGGUGGCGCAUUGUUGGGAACUUGGAGAAAUUUUAUAGAGUAAAUUUUAAACAAUUGAAAUACACAAACACCACAUACACACACAAAUAUAUAUAUAUAUAUAUAUAUAUAUAUAUAUAUAUAUACAUAUAAAUGCUAUGUAUGCGCGUAUGCGCGCAUAUUACGUUUCGCAACGUGGCGUGAAGGAAAGAAAGUCGAAAAAUACUCUCGAAUAAUUCUACAAUAAGGAGUAUGUGAUGAGGCGACGAUGGCUACUAUUGUUGUAUAAAGUAAUUAAUUAUGUAAUUAUAAGACAACUGCCAAAAUCGUAGUACUACUCGAAGACUCGCGGUCUUCGCGCUGCACGUUCAGCGCUGAACCCGAUCGCCCGUUCCGGAGGACUUUGUCUUUCGUUCAAUAAUGAUAAAAAUGGAAAAGAAAAAGGAAGAUAUCGCCUCCGAUAUCAUCUCGCGAAUUAAUCGGAAUCUCGCGGUCGCGUUUGGCGCCGAAUGCACGCUGCAUAUGCGGAUACCUCGACAUCGUUUAUCGACAUUAACGUGUUAACUCUUUUGUCUCCUCGAUCGAGAGUCUUGAGAAUUCUUGCGAUCGAAUCGCGACGAAUCCGAUUUGACUGCAUUUUUACAGCAGCCGAGAACGACGUGACGAACGGCGUGAUCUCGAUCGAUCGAUCGUGACUAAUUGCACCAACGAUAACUGCCAUUCAACUGGAACCACCAAUGAAAACAAUAAAAAGGAAGAAGAAGAAGAAAAAAAAAGAAGAAGAAGAAGAAGAAGAAGAAGGAAAGUGAUCGGCGAAACGCGGAAGAGUCUUUGUUGAUUUUCGAGUUGCGCCAUAUACGCCAAAUGGCCGGUAGAAAAUCUGAGAUCAUGUGCAACGAGCGUAAGGUAUUGUAGGAAGAUACAAAGAGACAAAAGAAGAACAAGAUGCUCUUCGAGAAUUCUUUUUUACGGUUCUAAAUGUCAUUCUGCAGCGUCAAUUUUGUUACGACACCCGUCGUUAAUUCUAAAGUUGUAUUUUCUUUAAAAAUGCAAGAGGAACAUCUCCAAAUUGCCACGAUUCCAAGUUCUUACGAUUCAACGUGCUUCAACAACGAGUUAUCCUGUUUCAUAUCCCUCGACAUGAAAGCUUACGAAUGUAACACAACAAAAUGAAAAAAAGAAAAGCAAUCGCACUUAAUCAUGACAGAUGCAGAACUCCAAACGGUAUAUUCUACGCACAAUGCUGUCGCAGACGUCAAUUUUUCAUCGUCGAUUCACGAUAAUCCAUUUACUCAGCACUGCCGGAAAAUUCGGCAUUAAUCGAGCCAAGUGACGCAAGAAACCGCCCAGUAAACUAGAAACGUUAGAUUAACACCUUUAAAUAUUGAUUUCAAGUGUGUUUCUUGCACGUUUCCACUUAAUAUUUUAUAAAUAUUUCAGAAAUAUCAGCGAAUAGUCUAUCAUCUCUCCAAAUGUUGCAAACAUAUUUUAGAAACAUUCAAGUGCCAAAUUAUUCGUAAUGACGUUGAUACAACGUUAAAAAUUACAUGUUAGAAGAUAUUACACACACCUGCUACUGAAUAACGUUGGAGUAACGAUCUAUUAGCGAAUUUCUGCUCACUGAGUACUUACAGCGUGGAGAGAAAUAACGGAAAAUAGUACAGAUUUUCCGACGGGGAAACCCUCGCGAGAAGCGAAAUUAGCGCUUCGGCCUAUCUUUUUAUACUUUGUUCGCGCGUGUGAUCUCAGACUUCCGACCGAUUCGCGCUUUUAUUACCGGAAAAAAUUCUCCGCUGUGUGUGUGCGCGCGCUUAUUUCGCGACGCUCUGUCGAGCAACGUUACUAGCAUCGAUCCACGACACUCUUCAUUGUUCGAUUAGAUACGUAAGUGCUCCCGCUCGAACGUGUGUACGACGAAUUUUCUCAUUUUUGAUAGUUUACUAUGUAUGUACAUAAGAAGUCUCGAUUAUACUGCGCGCGCGGCGAUGGAAAGGAAAGGAAGGAGGAGCCGGCGCGAGGUCUGUUACAUUUGUGAGCUCACUUUAUGAAGAAACCGACACUCGGCAAGACUGAAAUUGAUGUUACACAUACACACACGCACGCACACAAUCAUACGCGCGCACGUAUACACACGUACACACACGUGUAACUCGUACAUCGGUUACGUGGCGGAGCGACAACCGCGGCGAGCCGCGAGAGACCCACGUGCGGAGAGAAUCACACACAACUUGAGUAAUUUUAUUAUAAAUAUUUAUGUAUUUAUAUGUGUACACAUAUCCUCCAAAUAAAUGUAAUAUGUGUUUGAA